GUUUGGCUGCAGGUUUCGCCAUUGGAAUCGUUGGGGAUGCUGGUGUGCGAGGAACUGCACAACAGCCAAGGCUGUUUGUUGGAAUGAUCCUUAUCCUUAUUUUUGCUGAAGUACUUGGGUUGUAUGGGCUCAUUGUAGCUCUUAUACUUACGACUAAGCUGUAAUCUGGGAAUGUAUGCAUGGGCAGAGUCUUAGCCAAAACAAUGGUUAUUUAUAUUGACUGCACAUGAGUUUUGACUGAAUAAUUUAUAUUUGUUGAUUCCCUGCCAUUUUAAUUAAUUUUUUUUUCCUUUUGUAGAUGCCAGGUAUCCAUUGUAUUAAUUAUUUUUAUCUUGAUAUUGAAGACAAUUUUAUUUUGUCAUGCAACAUUUAUAAUGUUUGAAAGAUUUUUAUCUCCUCUGAGUAUUUUUAAACAGACACUUAAUAUGUAUUAUUGAAUCAUAAAAAUUCUGAUAAAAUCCUUUUCGUAAUAUAAUGAAUUCUUAAUUUUAUUGAAUGCCAUAAUUUCUAAAGAACAAAGAUUUUUAUUUUUUAUGAUGGAUACUGGUAUUUUCUUGUAUAUUUUGUAAACCUGUCAUCCUUUUUGUUUCAAAUCUCUCUGCCCUGUCUCCCUGUAAUCUUGGGUGUCCAUAUUGUAGAUUAAAAACACUUUUGAAAUUGUUAGAUAUAUUUAAGAAGAAAAAAAAACUCAUUUUAUUUUCAAUUUAAUUGAUUCAUGUGAGGGAAUUACGACAGUGUACAUACUAUUUGUGUUUUAAGUGUAAUGUCUAUGAAAUUCAUCACUAAAUUUCAGUCUAGUAAUCCCUUGUGUAAUAUUUCUUAAAUUAAAAAAAAAUAUUUUAAUUAGUUAAAAUUUAUUUUUAAAGUUAUUCUGCUAAUUGUUAAAAUAAAUUGUAUUAUGCAUCUUGGGAUUACUAUGUUAGGGUAGCGUGUUUAUAUGAAUAAUCAGACUUUUUUUUUUCUUUUUAACUGUACUUCUUUUAUUUCAAUUGAAGUGGAAUAUCAGCAGUAUAGUUGGUGGUUUAGGUACAAAUAAGCAAGACAUGAUUAAUGUUUUAUUUUGUGUUGUUGAACAUUGUUUAUGCAAAAUUUUAAUAUUUUAUAGAACAACAUUAUAUCUUAUUGUUAUAUUUAUAGUGAUAAAAUUAACCAAAGUUUGGAUUAGAAGAGUUUAAUUUACAAUCGUAGAAGUUUGCAAAAUUCUAGUGGGCACCCUGUUGUCACUCCAUGUUUUAUAUGUGUUGUAUGCAUCUGGUGUUGAUACAAGAUUAAAAUAAAAAAAAGCUGUUCUCUUGCACCAUCUAAGUGUUAAAAAAAAAAAAAAAAACUGUCAGCAUGCAGUUAUAGAUGUAUAUGAGAGUAUUUUAUUGCUGAUUUGUCUCACAAAUAAGUAAUAUAUUUGCAUAUCAUUUCAGCACACAAUGGCUGUUUGUCCUCAUAGAUUGUAAGUUUUAACUAUAAAAAAAAUCUGAACUUUAUUUCACGUGAUUGAUUAAUCUUAUUGAUAAUCUUUUUGAUUCAGGGGUAGAAUUUUUGUGUACACUUUCAAAGUCAAUACUUAAGAAUUUUAAUGUUAUUUUUAACAUCAUCAAAUCUAGUCCUGAUUGUUUUAAAUGAAUCGUUGUGUUAAAUGACAUUAAAGCAGGGUUUAAAAACAAUCUCAUUUUUUUUUAUAAAAAAAAUGUCAAAUUAUGAUAGGCUAAUUACCAUUCUUUAAAUUGCACUUACAUCUGAAAACAUUUCAUCAGCCAGUAUUUAUUUUUAUUUUAUUUAGUUAAAGACAUCAGAUCUAGUACUAAAUAUCUAUGUAUGUAACCUCGCUCUAGUGAACAUUUUGUGACAAUAGGAUCAUUAAUUUACUUUAUUUGUGUAAAUCCUUAGUUUUUUUUAUUUACUUACAAUUUAUUCAAGAAAUUUGCUGAAACACAAUGUUUUAAAUUUCAAAUUUUUUUUUUCAUGCCUGGAUUGAUUGUGAACCCUGCAUUAAAGAGCCUAUAAUUUUGUAAUGUAUUAUGCAAAUUUCAAUGUACUAUGCAAAUUUUAUUUAUGCAAUGAAAUAAAAAUAUAUAUAUAAUUUACUUUUAGAUCUGCGGUAUAUGUUAAAUUGGCAAUGUUCAAGUGCGGAUGUUGUGAGACUUGUUUAUCCAUGUAUUUUAACAUUGCUGAUAAAUAUUAGUCACAUGGUGGAGCAGCUGGUUGUGAGUUAAUAAUUUCAUUUUCAUCGAGCUUGUUAACUUAAAAAUUACAGCUUAUUUUGUUACGUUACAUUUUUGUCAUAUAAUCCAUUAAAAUUUUAAAUGCUGUCAUGAUAUCAACUUUAUUACUGUUUUGGCUUUAUUGUUGGUGAAACAAUUGAACAUAAUUGUAUAUUUGACUAAAACUAAAUAUAGUUAUGUAUAUGUUUGUGCAAAUUAUCAAUUUCUUAAUAUUUCUUUUAUACUGCCCUCUUAUUUUCAAUGAAAGUGUCAAAUAAUUUUAGAUUUUUUAUUUUCGAGUUCCUAAAUGAUUUUCUAUUCCCACAGUUUAUCAUUCCAUCUUGUUUAUAUAUUUUUUGUGAUUUAAUCAUAUUUAAAAUUUGUAGUUAUAAAAAUUUUUUAAAUCUUUAUUAAUUAUUCUUUGAUCUAUGCAAAUUUUUACAAAUGUUUUCAAAUUUAAUUUUUUUAACCAUUUAAGAGUUAAAUUUUACUGCAUUAAAAAUGUUUUAAUGUAUUUUCAAAUGAUUAUUUAUAUGUGAGGUAAAGUGCUAUUCUUAAAAUAUAUAGUUAUCUACAUAGAUAAUAUUGAUGUAAUAGUUGUGAGCAAAAAAACUCAUUAGUAGAUAUAGCCUGUUUAAAAUAAACAUUGUAAUGAUUUAGUUUCAUAGAGGCUUCGUGUUUAUUGAAAUAGAAGUCUCUUUGUUCAAUGUGUAUGAUGGUUAUGUUCAUUAUUUUGCAAAUAAAAAUAUCAUAAAUUU